AUGAUGAAUACGAGUAUCCGGUCGAGCGAGUAUUCUUAUAGAGACCCGCGGUACUAUUCUUCCUCGUCCCUGGGGAAUGCGCACAAGACGCUUGAUGGCUACGGCGGAAUGAUGCACUCAGACGACGGCGAGGGCUCACGGUACAACCACAACGCUCAGCUCUCUCGUGGCUCCGUGCUGCUCAACGCCAACGAUCCGGUGUCGAUGCACCUUCUCGCAGAGACGGCCAUCGGAGACAGCCUGCACUUCGAGGUGCUUUCGUUCGAGGAGGUCGAGGAGCUGAAACGAGAGCUGGCGUUGGCUCAAUCGCGUGUCGAGGGCGGGAAACGAAAAUUAGCGCUGGAGCUGAAACUGCUGGAAGCUGCUGAGUCGCUCAACAGACUCUACGACGACGGCUCGAAUCCGGUGAACGGCCAUGGGUACGGACAUGGACAUGGACACGGGGACCAGCAUGCGUCAGACGAAGAGCUGGCUAUCACACGGCGGAAAUGCGAGGAGCAGGCGCAGGAGAUAGCAAAGCUGGAGCGCAGGGCCAGUGAUAUUCGGACGAAGAUACUCGAACACACGGCCGGAGUGCUGCAGAUGACACACAAGGGGCUGAAGAAGAAAAAGGGUUCAAAGACGGACGACCUCUCGUCGACAUCUGAUGAUUUGAACGGGUUGGACCCGUACGGCUGUGGACAUGAAUUUGACCAUAGGAGCCUUUACCGGACGGCCGACUAUCUCGACCACCAUGGCGGUGCACCACCCCGAGACGUGCCUAGCCUGGAGCCGGAUGUUGAGUCUACCUCUGCAGACCUCAGUGGGUUGCAGGAUACACAGUCGAAGCUCGAGGAGAUGACCUACCGGCUGCAUGAGAUGCUCACACAGAUGAACACCGGCCAAGAGGUUGACCCCAUCCCUAAGAUAGUCACCAACAAUGACUCCCCGGACCCUCUGGCCACCGUCAACAUCCAGGUUGACUAUCUAGAGAAGGGCCUGGAGACGAUUGCGCUGCAUCAAAGCCAUUCUUCAGACCAUUCUGCCCGUGAUCUGGAUGCUUAUACCCCCGAAGAUGAUUCUGCUUCUACCAAUGCUACGAUUGACCGGCUAGAUUCCUUCAGUCGACGGCUCGACGAAGCUCUGGCAGCAGCUGGAUCCAGUAGACAGCCUACCAGCCCGCACAUGUCGACUAUCAGGAAAACCAUGGCCGAGCAGCUAGAGUACCUUGACUCUGCCGUCACGGACGUCGAGAAGCGGAUAGACAGCCUGGUCGAACAAAAGACCAUCCUUGGAAUCCAGAUCCAACAGCAACGAGACCUCAACUCCAAAUCUGAUGCUGAGCGUGAUGCAUAUAUUGCUGACCUUACCGAGGAUCUGACCAAGCUGCGCAAGGAGUUGGACAAGUCUCAUGCUGCAGACGAAAGCUCCAGGGCUGAGAUAGCCGUGCUCAUGGACCAGUUAGAUGCUGCUCGACAGGACUCCAUGCGUCAGGAGCAGAAGCGUAGCAUCGGGGAAGCACCUGAGGUACCUCAUGAGAAGGAAGCCCUUAUGAAAGCCGAACAGGAACUCGCAGAGAAAGUGGCUCGUAUCUCUAGCCUCGAGUCUACGAUUCAUGAGCUACGCUCCCAGACGGAUGCCCACUCCCAGGAAGCCCAGCUUACCCGUGAAACAGUCCAACAUGAUCUGGCUGAAAAGACCUCUCUCAUCUCCACCCUACAAUCUUCUCUCCAGGAGCUACACUCCCAGGUAGACAGCCAGCUCGGCCAGAUCAAAGAAGCCCACCAGUCCCGCGAGGAAGCCGAGCAAGCUCAUGCCAAACUCCAGACUGAAUUCUCUGAGCUCGAAAGUGAAAUGGUCCGCAUCCAGACAGAGCUCACCUUCGCCAGAGCAGAGCUCGACAGCGCCUACGGAAGUAGAUCUGAACGCGCCGCCGAAGCAGCCGCCAACCCAGCUGUGCAGCGUGAAAUCGACAAUCUCCGUGAACGAAACAUGGAUCUAACCAGCCAAAUCGCAACGUUGAAAUCAGUACAGAUGAACAACGCCAACUCAGCAAGCAUGGGCGCUCAUGAACGCAUUCAGAUGCUCGAGCGGGAGCUACGUGAGACUAUCGAAGACUACGAAGAACUGACCAAACAGAGCAUUGAGUUUGAAAAGGAGCGAGACAAGUUCGAGAACAUGAUCGAUAGCUAUAGAGACCGAUGUGAUACCCUUGAGACCCAGCUCGGUGACGAACGCAUCCAAAACCUAGGCAUUAGAGAUGGCAUGACGGUCGAAAACACAUCCAUCACUGUGCUGAAGAGCGAGUUCAAGAAGAUGAUGAGAGAGACCAGAGCGGAUAGCAUCAAGGCCUUACGGGCUGAACAAGAAGACCGACGACGUCUUGAAUCUAUGCUCAGAGCCAUGAAGAGAGAGCAGAGCCUAAAGAAGUCGAACCUCAGCCAGAGCACCUUGGCCUCAUGA